UGAUAUGUUUUGAUACGGUGUGACGUCACUGAGCAGCUGACGGAGGAAAACAGAUCGUAUGGCGAGGUACAUCAUCUAGCUCAGUCGCAAUAUAUAGUUUCUUGAGUUUUCGCCGGUACAUCGCCAUGAAUACUCGCUGAUUAAAAUUCUGACUAGCUGCAUUACUUGGAAAAGAAUGUUAUAGCAUUGCAGUGCAGAGUAAGAUCUGGAUUGACAAGGCUAAGCACACUUUCCUUAGUGAGAGAAUUAAAGAUGGGGGGAGCGGUGAGUGCCGGUGUGGACAAUGAUGACCUAGUUGACAACCUCAAAGCUGCCAGUUACAUAACUACACCAUUGCUCGAACGAAUUUUCAGAGCUGUAGAUCGUGGAAAUUAUUUCACUGCAGAAAAUCGUGAACAAGCUUACAGAGAUAAUGCAUGGAAAAAGGGAAAUUUGCAUUUAUCAGCUCCCUGCAUUUAUGCAAAGGUGAUGGAAGGCCUUCAAUUAGCACCUGGACACUCGUUCCUCAAUCUGGGCUCUGGCACAGGGUACCUCUCCACUAUGGCAGGCCUUAUUAUAGGUCCGUAUGGCAUCAAUCAUGGAGUGGAGCUUCAUGCAGAUGUGGUAAAAUAUGGACUUGAGAGGUUAGAAGAAUUUAAGAGGGUUUCAUCAGCCAUUGAUGCUUUUACUUUUUGUGAUCCUUUAUUUGUACAAGGUAACUGCUUAUGUUUGCCCCCGGAUAUGCGUCUUUAUGAUCGUGUAUACUGUGGAGCUUCAUGCCCUGAGACCCAUGAACAGUAUAUGAAGGCCCUUGUAAAGCCUGGAGGUGUGUUGGUGAUGCCAAUCAAUGAUCAGCUUGUGAAGAUGACUCGUAGUGGACCAAACACAUGGGAAAAUUUGUUCUUACUUCCGGUCUCCUUCUCAUCUCUUGUUAUGCCAGAUCCUAACCAUCCUCCAGCUACAGUUACUCUCCCUGUUGUGGAGUUACCAGAUCUUCAGGAUAUGUGUCGUCAAGAGCUUCGCUCUCUCCUCCGUGCAAACAUUGAACAUGAGCAUCCUGAUUUGGUCACAGCUGCAAAUAGACCAAUGCACAAACGCUCAAGACCACGUGAUCGUAGACAGAUUAGGCGGGUAGUUGUUCCCUAUGUUCCUGUCCCCUUUUAUGAGUCUGAUGAUGACCCUCGGAUGAUUUCAGAUGAUGAAAAUGAUAACCUCAUUGAUGCUCAGCAUCACACUAAUCAGUUCUCUACCUUUAUUGAACUGGCUAGAAACCUUGCUGGCCAAAGGAGGUUGGAGAGAGAGAGGGAAGAAAAUGAGGCCAGACAAAACCGUGAAGAAAGGGGUCCAGACACUGAACUUGAAGAUGGAGAGGAAGAAAAAAAGGAUGAUGCACAUACAAGCAGUAAUGAUUCUGAAAUAGUUGAGAGUUGUGAUGCUGCAACAGAACUAGGGAAAUCAGCAAAACAAGUAAUAUCUGUUAAAGAAAAAGUGAGCAAAGAUGUGGAAGAAGUUGUUCCAGAAAACCCUCAAAAUGGCGAAGAACCAAUACCAUCAGUUGCUACCAUGCCACAUUCUGACCCAAUACCAAUGACUUCUACACCUGUUAUGCCAGUGAAGUCUAAUAAGAAACGAGAAAAGUUUGAUAGUGGAGUAGGGGAUGAAAUUGAAAAUGGAAAAGGACCUAGCUCAGAAUCUGAUCAAGGAGAUGAUGGUGACAUUGACAUGGAUAUAGAUUCUACAGAUUCAGAUUACUCUGAUAACUCUGCUCCAAGAACGAAAGUCACCCGGCUACUGGAUGCUGAUGACCCAUCUUGCCCUUGUGGAGGAAACUGCAGUGAGAGUUUUAAGACAAGAAGAGGAGAUGACCCAGAAGAUAAUGAAGAAGGCGACAGCUGUAAGAGAGUAUCUGCUGCUGAGACUUAUUCUACUUACAUGCGGGAAAAAAUUGGUUUGCUACCUCUUCCCCAUGCCCUGAAAUUGUACCUGAAUUAUAAUAGGGAAUUAUAAGUUAGGGCUUUGUAAGCAGUUCCUUUGUGAAUUGUGAUAAAUCUAAUCAGUUCUUUUAAGAAUUUUAUUUAGAACUUUUCAUACAGUACAGCAUUUUUUUGUACAUAUAUGUGAUAAUUAUAAUUGAUAAGUAUGUUUAAUUUAAUGCAGGUCAGGGAAACUGAUAAUGUUUAAAUUUGGUAUACUGCAGUGGCAUGCACGUGCAAAUUUGCCAUAUUUAGAUGCAAUUACAAAUGCACACUACAUUAGGUAUAGUUUCAUCAAAGAUCCAAGAUAGAUAACUUAUUUCCAAAGGAAUAUAAACAAAUUUCCAGGUUAAGAAAAGGAGUAGCAAACUCCUUCAGUGGUUGUUACCUCAGUGAAGGAAUGUCUUCGUUUAUUACUAUGUUAAUUUGGCUGGCUCAAGUAUCAUAGCCCACCGUCCAUCAGCAUUUUUCUUUAUUCCAAAAGCUAUUAGUGCAUCUAUUUGAAGCUUGGCGUGAGCACAUUAGGAUAAUACAUUAUCUCGUGAGCAACAUUUUACGUGCUAAUGAAUUGAGUAAAGGAUAUAAUGGAUAACUAUGAAUGAAAAAUGUAGGUAAUAUCUAUAGGGCUUGUGUGUGUUAACUAAAUGUUCUUCCAAAAAAAAAAAAUGUGUAGCUAAAAUAUACACUGAAUUACUUGUAAUUUCUCAUUUAAUUUUUUGUAGUUGAGUUGCCUUAUCAUCCACUGCAAGAUUAUUGAUUAAUAUAGAAUUUUAUAUAAAGUAAUAAAAUUUUCUUUUGAGCACGUGUGUACUCUAGGGCAAAGAUUUUUUUUUAUAUUUACAUACAGUACAUAACUACAAAGCCAGUGGAGUUUGUAGCCACCUAGUUUUUUCUUUAUUAGAAUUUUAAUAAUAGCAUGUUUAUAGAGAUAUGGCAUUGUCUCAAAUGUAUAUUGUGUUAUUUAUUGUUUGUAUGACAUGUUCAACCACUGUAUUGAUGGUUUUAUAAUGCAGGUAUAUAUACAGUACAGAAGGAAGUGCUGAACCCAUAGGGGAUAUAUAUUAUAUACAUAAAAUUAAUGGAAUAUUAAAAUUCUUCACAAAUUAAGUAAGGUUUAGGAAUACAGCAUGUCUCUAGCAUGUAAAUCUACAGUACUUUACUUUGUGAUAGCCAGGACAGUAUUGGGAUUAUAAAGAAUUAAAGAUUUACUUGUAUAUGAUGUAUAACUACUUUGUAUAGUCUUCAACCAUUUGGUAUUACAAUUGAAUAAAUUUUACUAAACCACAAA